AUGCGGAGCAUCUUCAAGCGCUACAAGCUUGUGGAAAUUGCAAUGGGAGAGGAGAAGAUGCCGGGCGAAGGAGAUGCCCGCGAUCGGUGGAUUGAGAAGAGCGCGGUGCUGUACGACCUCAUCCUCCAAUCGGUCAACAACGACAUGUUCCAGCACAUCAAGGAUUUGGUGGAGUUGGAUGAUUCCGGACCUAAGCUCAAGGACACCUAUGCGAUGAUGGCAGCGGCGGGCAGCGAAGUGUCGCAGAUGGAACAGUGCACCAAUAUCAUCUCGGUGCUCGACAACUCGUUGGACAACCUCAUCCCCACCCUCAACGUUCAACAGGAAAAAUGGACGCCUCAGUGGCUACGGCGGCAGAUUCUGCAGGAGGACUUCCGCAGGAGCCACACGGGAGGUGGUGCUGCCAACAAAACUGCUGAGGGGUAUGGAGCUGCAGGAGGCAGCAGAGGAAGAGGGGGAGGGAGAGGCCGAGCUAAUGGGGGGCUUAUGGGGCUGGGGAAUGUGCUGUUGGUUGAAGGUUUGUCUGCUAACCUCCUCUCUGUGCGCCGGCUGCGGAAAAGCAAGGCCAAAGGGUUGGAGGUGAAGGGGGCAGCGAAGGAGAUUGGGAGCUGCCCUAUAUGCCUUGAGACCAAGUUCACGAAAUUUCCCUUCAGCAGCAGCACGGGACCAGCCAAAGCACCACUCGCGCUUGUGCACAUGGAUGUGGUGGGGCCUACGAGGGCCCUUUCUCUCUCGGGCAGCCGCUAUUUCCUGACCAUUGUGGACGACCAUACAGGUGCGGUGUGGGUGUACCCUCUCAAGACGAAGGGGGAGGUAGCAACGGCUGUUCUCAAGGAGUGGAUGCCAAGUUCUCAAAGGGAGAGCGGUCAUAAGGUGAAGGUGAUCUGCACCGACAACGGAGGAGAAUUCAUUGGCGCUGAUUUGGAGGCGGUGCUGAAGAAGAAGGGAUCCAGCAUCAGCUCACAGUGCCCUACAACCCUCAGCAGAACGGCGUGGCUGAGUGGUUCAACCGGACCCUGCAGGAAGGUGCUCGCACUCUCCUUGGGCGUGCAGGGCUGCCGGAUCCGUUUUGGGCAAGUUCAGGUCACUGUCUCAGAGGAGGAGAUCUCUGGAGUGAUAGAGGAUGGGGGAGAACCUGAGGUGGAGGAGCAGCAGCAGCAGCAACCGCAGCAGCAACAAGGUGCUCCACAAGGUGCCGCACGUCCGGCUGACCGUCCCAGGAGGGAUGUGCUACCCUCCUAA